UUCCAUCGCGCCCUGUUCUGAUACACGUGAAAACCCCGUGGAAACCAUCGGUUCCAUCUUCUCCUUUCCUCGUCACACGGUCCGCUAAACUGCUAUCAGGGAGCCGAAAAAUAACGGGACGUCUCCACUUACAGUCUUUUUCUUUCGGGUGGUGAAUUCCGUGUUAGUGUUGAAUUAGCUGAGAUGAGACAGCGCAACUGUAAUUUGUUGUCUUAGAUGAGCCGUGUCAGAAAAAGCAGUAUGAGAUGACAUCCGCAGUGAAAAGAAUAGCGUGAUAUAUUUGGUUUAGAUCUGAAUUGAGCACUAUUGAUAAUGUAUCAUCUGUUUGAUGACAUUUUGUGAAGAACUGAAAGUGUUUCGACCGAUUAGACGCAGUGUCGGUGACACUGACAACGACAACGGAUUUAGGCGCUUAUCACAAAUGACAGACGUGUCUUUCUUAUUACGCUAUAUUCCAUAUAUUGACCAUGUUUUAUUAGACUACAGUCUAUAUUUUUAGAUGGUCUUGAAUAGAUAUAAUCGCGAUUGAAUAGAAAUCAUUGCGCCCCUUCAAAGCACUGCAAAGGGCAUAGGCUACCCCAUUUUUGUGACGGCUUCUCUUCAUCGAAGAUGCAACGAUGAGUUUUCAUAACGGCAAAUCGGCACAAUGUACUAGUAACUAGUCUAUUAGACUACUAUUUAUUUUGAAUACAUUUUUAUAAAACAUAGAAGAAAAGUAAAUGAACAUUGCACAGCUAAAUCAUUUAAAUAAAAUCAUGGAUUUUAUUUAAUCAUGCUCAAUACAUUUUAUUUUAUUGCCUGAACAAUCUGAACAGACCCAAUUCCCCUCCAGUAAAACUGAGAGCAGAACUUCUCUGUGAUGUUGGACAUUAAAAUGAAGGAGGCGUGUCGGAUCUGCGCCCGCGAGCUCUGCGGUAAUCAGCGGCGAUGGAUCUUCCACCCAGCCUCCAAACUCAACCUGCAGGUGCUGCUGUCCCACGCCCUGGGCAGGGAGCUGACCCGUGAUGGCCGCGGGGAGUUUGCCUGUUCCAAGUGUGCCUUCACGCUGGACCGCAUGUACCGCUUCGACACAGUGAUCGCCCGCGUGGAGGCUCUGUCCCUGGAGCGCCUGCACAAGCUGCUGCUGGAGAAGGACCGGCUGAGACAGUGUAUAGGAGGCUUGUACUGGAAGAACAACACCGAGGACCAGAUCCAGGAUCAGACUGGGAUGCGAAUGGGGAUAGGGCUAGGGGGUACUGGGGCUGGAGGGCUAGGGGGUACUGGGGCUCCACCACAGGGGAGUCACCCUCAGACAGCCCACCACUCUCUUUCCAGUGGUGGGCUGUCUGAGGGUGACUCCCCUGUGGUGGACCUCUCAGCCCUGCAGGAGGCCAGGUACAGCUCCCUGCUUCAGGGCGACCUGGCCAAUUCUGUGUACGAAUCCUGGGCCGACCACGAGGACCAGCAGAGUCCGGCCCCGGAUCACCAGCACCACACCCAGCAUCAUCACCCUCAAUGCUCAGGAUCAGAGACUCUGUCUGGGCAUCGCUCCAGGCGUUGCAGAGGGUGUGCGGCUCUCCGUGUGGCCGACUCUGACUACGAGGCCGUGUGUAAGGUACCUCGGCGGUUAGGCAGGAGGAGCACGUCGUGUGAACCCUCCACCCGCUACUCAGGCAGUGCCAUGGGGGGUGAGGAGACCUCCACAGGGUCAGUGUCCACGCCUGUCCCCUCAGAGUCCUCUCCCAUGGGGCCAGAGAGCGACAGGACCCUGUGCGAUGGGGACACAGAGAGGAUAACCCUCAGCCCGGGCUCAUCGAUAGAAUCUCAGGACACAGCCGUGGACGUGGCUCAGCCCUGUACCGCUCACCAAGUUGGGGAAGAGGAAGAGCAGGGAGAGGGAGGAGAGAAGGACCCAGGGAAGGAUCAUAGGCGAGACCCUCGUCUCCAGGGGGAUGAUGCCCCCAGGGAGGGGUCAGUCUCUGGGUUGACCAUGGAGCUGGCUGGAAGUCUAGUGAGGAUCUGGGAGUACAGAGCUCUAAAGUCCCCUCAAGGCAGCAAGCUCCCUAUCCUGGUCAAACCCAAACUGGAGACGGGCCUCUCUGGGCUCCCCCUGUCCAUCAGAACCCCAGACUAUGACCUCUACUCCCACCCUGGUAUCCCAGAGUGGGUGAGCCUCAGCAGUCAGCAGGAGCUGCAGACAGAGCUUUCAGAGAUGGAGGAGCAGUGGCUUGAUGACUAUGUGCAGUGUGGCCCCUUCUGCUUCCAGCAGAGGCUGCUAGAUGAACAGCACGGCCAGCUUCGUCAGUAUGAGACUGCUGCAAGUCAGUGUGUUACUGAGCUCCAGAAGGCCCAGCUCCAGGUCCACUCUCUACAGGCCAAGAUCAGAGAGAGCGAGGCCAGGAACCAGAAGCUGCAGGUGCGACUCGGGGACAUGGAGUGUGAGCUGCGCCUGGUCAGAGAGAAGGCCCAGAGACAGGAACGAAACGUCCUCAACCUCACCGACACUGUCAACAGCAAGGAGACUGAGGCAGCAGAGUUGUACCGGGUCAUAGAGGAGCAGAAUAACGUGCUGUGUUCUUUGAAAGAGCUGGCCAACAGAACCCAGCUCCAGACACUACAGGUGUCUGGGGUGGAGUUAGUGCGAGGGCAGGGGGAGGUGCUGGCCCUCCAGGGCUCUCUGUUCCAGGCUCAGCUGGAGCUGCAGGAAGGCCAGAGAGCCCAGUGUCAGGCCACCAGGAGGGAGGAGGACCUCACCAGAGCCCUGCAACGCCUGGAGAAAGACCUACAGGGAGUCAUGGAGCACAGACACAGUACUGAGAGACACAACCAGGACUUGCAUCUGGUGCUUGAAAAAGCUUGGUUAGAGCUGCAGCGGAAAGAGGAACAGCUGAAAGAGAAGAAGGGAGAGAGACGGAGAGAGGAGGAGGAGAGGGAGAAGAGCAUCCGAGAGCUGAGGACCUCACUACAGACCAAAGAGCAGCUGGUGCAGGAGUACUCCGAGUUGUUGGACCAACAGCAGGAGCCCAGGGAGAAGAGGGACACACUCCUCACCAAACUGAAAGAUCGCAUCAAGGACAGGGACAGAGCACUGGAGCGAGCGGUGGAUGAGAAGUUCCGACGUGUGGAGGAGAAGGAGGGAGAGAUGCGUCGGCUACAGCUUCUUCUCAGAGAGAAGGAGAGAGACCUGGAGAGACAACACUGUGUACUGUCCAACAACGAAGAGACCAUCACGAGCCUGGAAGUGCUGGUGCGUGGGAAGGGUUUGGAGCUGGAGCAGGUGUAUGAGGCAUGGAGGAGUGUACAGCGCCACCAUGAGGACAGGGAGGAGAGACACAGCCGCAGCCUGAGAGAGAGAGACACGCUCAUCAGCCAGCUACAGAACGCCCUGCACACACGUACCAAUGAGGCUGAGGACCUGACUGGAGCCCUGCUAGAUAAGGUGAAGGCAGGUCCCAGUGAGGUGGUGGAUGAGCUGAAGGCUCGCCUCUCUCUGAAGGAGAAACUGUUCCAGGAACUGCUGUCCGACCACAGCCGCCAGGCCCAGGAGCACCACUCACAGGUCCAGGACCUGCUCAACACCAUCGGCACCAGAGACCAGUACAUCCAGGAAUCGUCAGGUCGUCUGGGUGAGGUGAUGAGUGAGCAGACUGUACGUCUCCAGGAGCUCCGCAGACAGCUAACCUCUUGCUCCCUGGCCUACGGGUCCCAGCUAGGCCUCCGGGGUCCAGACUUCCAGGGGACCAGCCAGGACCUCCGGGCAUUGCAGGAGGAACUGCGUCUGGCUCUGCGGAGGGAGAGGGAGGCCCAGGCUGAGCUCACAGCCCUCAGGACCCAGGGCACUGCCAGGCCAGCUGACAGGCAGGCAGAGUUUGAGGAAUUCAGCUCAGAGGACAACAAUAAUGUUGAGGUCAACAGUAACUAUGCAGACAGCAUGGAGGAAGAGGACUCCAAACUGACAGCUCGAACCCUAGCCACCAUGCAGAACUCUGGAGGACCUGGGAAGGGGAAGCUGUCCCAAGAGGCAGUGGGAGACGCCCAGGGGCUGGUGGAGGUGAAGCAGCUGCUGCAACAGAAGAGGGUGGUGGAGAGAGAGCUGCAGGAGCUCAAGGCUCAGCUGGAGAAGUCUGGCUUCUCCCUGACCAGGAUGAGGAAAGCCCUCUUCGGCCUACGCAUGGAGAACACGGAGUUGAAGUCUCACCAGACAGAGAGACGGUCAGAGACGGACCCCAGGGAUGAGCAGGGAUUCCUGGAAGAAGUGGGGGAUGAAGAAAAGCUGGAUGUGGAGGAGGAGGACGAGCAGCUGUGUGGGGUGGAUCUAUCUGGUGGCUGGGAGGAUGAGCGUCUCUCCCAGGGGAAGCGCUGUGCCCCCAGGCCCACCUUGAGAUACCCUGGCCUGGGGAAGAGACACUGCACUAGGCCUGUCUCUCUGGACCUGGAAGACCUGCUGUCCCACUCCACGAAGGAAGGGGAAGACAUCGCACCAAAUUAUACUCUAGUAACGCGUGCUACUGUAUGUAUGGAUGAUGAUGUGGAGGAGGCAGGAGGAGGAGAAGCUGGAGACAGGAAGCAGAGCCCCACAGAAACAGUGAUGGUUGAGAAUGCUGUGCGGCUCCGGCUGGAGAGCGAGGAGCUGCAGGAGAGACUCAUGGUUUCUGAGGCCACCGUGGAGGCUCAGGAGGAGCAGCUCAGAGACUACAGAGAUCUACCGAUGGAGACGUCUGUGCAGCAGGACAGUAAGCAGGUCCAGGUGGAUCUACAGGACAUGGGCUAUGAGACGUGUGGUCGCAGUGAGAACGAGGCUGAGAGGGAGGAGACCAGCAGCCCAGAGUUUGAUGAUCUGGAGAUGUGCACUUCUCUGGAAUGCGGCGGCUCCCAGUGGUGGUCAGGCGUUGUGCAUCCUGGGAAGGCCGGUCCUCCAACAUCAACCUCCAAGGCUGAUGACUUCACAUCUCUCCAGCGAUUGGUUGAGGACCUGCGCUCGCAACUCUCCCGCUCCCAGACGGUGAUCCGGAGCCUCCAGGGCCGCCUGCGCUCCCUCUCCACCUCCAGUGACCCCUUCGGCCACUCCAAUGGCCCCUCCACCCCCCGCAAGGUCAAUUGGGCCAUCCAGUUCCAGUCCUCGCCCUCCCAGAGUGGCCUGGAUGAGGACGAAGGCUGGGAGUCGUCUGGUGGUGGUCUAGGGCCCUCCCCACAUCACCCCAAACCCGACAAGGAUCUCCAGGAGCUGGUGUUUCGCGUGGGAGCCCUGGAGGACCAGCUGAGGAAGGGCAAAGGGACCCAAGCAGGGACUCCAGGGCUCCCUGCAGAGGGAAAGGCUUCCAUCUGGCCUGGGCCUGGGAAGUUUGAUACCCUAAUACAGGCGCAGUCCCGUGAGCUGUCGCACCUGCGCCAGAGGAUGCGAGAGGGGCGUGGCGUGUGCCACAUCCUGACCCAGCACCUGGGCGACACCACCAAGGGCUUUGAGGAGCUGCUGCGUGCCAAUGACAUUGACUACUACAUGGGCCAGAGCUUCAGAGAGCAGCUGGCGCAGAGCAGCGCCCUGGCACAGCGAGUCAGCACCAAGAUCAGCGGACGUGAGUGGAGAGGGGAUCAUCCAGAGAUGCAUGAUGACAAGACUGGCACAGAGCUGCUCGCCAUACGGCUGAGUAAGGAGCUCCAACAAAAGGAUAAGGUCAUUGAGUCUCUCCAAGCCAAACUCAACCAGCGCCAGCCGCACUCUGACACACCCUGCAGUAGCCAUGCCCUCUCUGACACCACCGACCAAUCAGACCGCAUCUCAUUUGUGUCUGAUGAUCAGGGCUCCACCAAUGAGGACCUGGAGCUGUGCUCAGACAUAGACGCAGCCAGCGAGUAUGGCCAGGAGGACAGACGUGCCUCCCCUAGAGCCAGUACAGAUUCCCACUGUAACAGUGUGCCCAUGUCACGCCACCCCUCCACCCCUCCAUCCAACACUUCAUCCCACAGACACCAGUCCUCCAUCAGCUGUCUCAGCAUGCAGCCGCCAGGGGACACACAGACCCAGACAGGCCUCUACAGUGGGCCAGUGUCCCGUUCCCUCCCCACCCCUCCCCAACCCCAGCCUCUCUACCACCCAGACCUCUCCUCUCAGAGAGCCCCUCUGCUCUUUGACCCCUACACGGGCACCCUGCGACCCCAUUACCAUGGCAGCGGGCCCGUGGGCUUCUCCCUGGCAGAGGUUCACCGGGAGCUGCAGAUGUUACAGAGACAGCUGGGAGAUACUGAGCGUUUUUCAGUUCCUUCAGCCAAGCCGUUUGUUGGCUUCCAGAUGUCGGCAGAUCCCUCCAGUUACCUGGCCCAGCCUCUGUCCUACCACACCUUCCACCCGUCUCCUCACAGUGGCCCCAUGAAGGCGGGCACCAGCCUCCUGGAGAGCAGUGCAAUGUGGGAUAUGGCUUACGGAGCUCAGCCAAUUAGAAUUGGCGCUGAUUUGUCAUCAGGGUCGUCAGGAUACCAGUCUGGCACCAGCCAUACAGGUUCUGACCUAUUGAAGGAGCAGCUGAGGGAGAUCAGGAGUCUACGUCAAUGCCUGGAGGAUUCCAUCCAGACCAAUGACCGCCUCCGACAGCAGCUGGAGGAGAGACUGGUCAACCAAGCCAGAGACAAAGGUGCCCCCACCAACAUCUACAUCCAGGGCUUGGACUCUGUCAGCCAGCUUUCCAGUGAGAUCAGAGCUCUGAAAGAGGAGAACCUCAGCCUGCAGGACCGACUCCAACAGGCCAGCAGAGACAGCAGUAAGGAGGCGGAACAGCUGCGGGAGGCGUUGCUGUUGGGGCGUGCCCGUGUGAAGGAGGCAGAGUUAGAGACCGAGCGGUGGGCGGAGCCGGGCAGGAAACUGCAGAAGCAGACACAGGCUCAGACCCUGGAGAUCACCCAGCUGAAACAGGACAGGCAGAACAACCAGGAGGCCAUCAAAAGGUUGCAGCACGAGGUGAAUGUCUUUGAGCAGCAGGUGUGUGAGAGCCGUGGCCUUAUCCACUCUCUACAGUAUAAGCUCCAGAUGUACCACAGAGUGUGUGGCGUCCCCAAGAAUACACAUACAGGUAAGGGGUCACACUCAGGGGAGUCUGCGCCCUUUGACCCCAGGGACCUGCAUGUUCAGCUGGGGCAGCAGUUGACCUCUGCGACAUGCCCUCCUGCAGCGAAGAGACAGCUCUUCCACGACCCUGCUCUCUCUCCCCCUGUCCGAGAGACUGAACUCUUCAGCCCUGCUUCCCCUCUCUCCCCCACACUGGAUCCCCAGGAGACUGACUCUUCUCUGGAGGGCCAAGCCCCAGACGGCUCUUUUACAAACCGUAAUGGCCGCCAUGCUGUAGGGCACGUUGAUGACUUCCAUGCCCUACAGCAGCAGAUGCUGGAGGGACACGUCCUCAUCGGCAAGAUGGAGGCUGCCCUCCAGGCCACUGCCAACCACGCUCUCCUGGAGCUCAGCCUGGAUAAGCCUGCGGAUCCUGGCUUCGUGAGUAGACUGCUGACCAGCACUAAGACCCUGCGGCAGAUCCUUGAGGAAGCCAACUCCUUGCUCAGAAUGUUCUGGAGGGCAGCCCUGCCCAGUUGUGAGGGGUACCCUCAGAGCACCAAGGAGCUGUCUCUAAAGGAUGAGGUCCACACGCUCCGUCAGCGGAUCUCACAGCAGGAGGAGGCUCUAAGGGAUGCCAUGGAGACCCUGAAGAGCUCCAACCGCACCAAAGACAGCAUGGAACACUUCAUCGUCAGCCAACUGUCGACAACAAAGGAUGUCUUGAAGAAGGCACGGACAAAUUUAGAGGUGAAAUCCCAAGAGGCUUCUGUGAGCUCACCCAUUCUGCUGGUUCGGGUGUUGUGAAGCAACAGAUAAAGGCUCCAUCACCCAGAACUCCUACCGUGGCCCAGUAAUACCCAGGGUCUGACCCAGGGGGUUAACAGACUGCACCCCCCACAGCCAGCCUCUUUGUGAUGCACAAGCUUCAGCGUCCUCCUAAUACUGGGAGACAGGACAGGACUCUUCCUGUUUUAAAGGAAACAAAGUGCAUAACAGGUCUCUGGUUAAAUAGGGGGGACACUACAGUUGAGGGGAGACAGUCUGAUAGUCAGUAGAGGUUCAACCAGGUGUUCUCUGUGAUGUUUAUGAAUGUCGACGGCUGUCUAUCUCAGGUGUUAUGUAUAGCUUUUGUAGGUGCUACGAAGGUUUCUCAACUGAAGUGUUUCCCCUAUUUUACCUGAUAUACAGUACCAGUCAAAAGUUUGGACACACCUACUCAUUCAAAGGUUUUCUUUAUUUGUACUAUUUUCUACAUUUGAGAUAAUAGUGAAGACAUCAAAACUAUGAAAUAACA